GCACACGCUCCCCACCCCUGGCCUGGGUAAGCUCGCAGGGCUGAGUCACUAGUUCAGGUGUCUCUCCUACUGCCUGGAACCAGUGAAUCCCCAGCCGGCUGCAGGCUUGUAACCAUGGAGAAACUGAGUAAUGCAAACACCCAUUUUGCUCUCGAUCUGUUUAGAAAGUUGAAUGAAACCAACCCAACAGGAAAUAUCUUCUUCUCGCCAGUCAGUAUUUCUGCUGCACUGGCCAUGGUCCUUUUAGGGGCUAAAGGUAACACAGAGACACAGCUGUUGAAGACCCUUCAUUUUGAUGUUGUUGAAGAACUUCAUUCAAGAUUUCAGACCCUGACCUCUGACAUAAACAGAAGUGGAGCUUCCUAUCUGUUGAAGCUUGCCAGUCGGCUUUAUGGAGAGAAGACCUACAAUUUUUUAGCAGACUUCUUGACUAAGACUCAGAAAUUAUAUGGAGCUGAUUUAGCUACGGUUGAUUUUCUACUUGCUCCAGAUGAAGCAAGGAAACAAAUUAACCAGUGGGUAGCAGAACAGACUGAAGGUAAAAUCCCCAACCUGUUGUCUGAGGGCACAGUUAAUAAUCUGACCAAACUAGUGUUGGUGAAUGCUAUUUAUUUCAAAGGAAAUUGGGCUGAGAAAUUUAAAGAAGCAGAUACGAAACAAAUGCAAUUUCGGUUAAAUAAGAAUGAAAAAAAGACAGUGCAAAUGAUGUAUCAGAAAGAGAACUAUCCUUUUGGGUACAUCUCUGAACUGAAAUGUCGUGUGCUAGAGCUUCCCUAUGAUGGAAAAGAACUUAGCAUGAUCAUCCUGUUACCUGAUGACAUUGACGAUAACUCCACUGGACUCCAGCAGCUAGAGAAGCAAAUCACCUUAGAAAAACUCCAGGAAUGGACACAGCCACAAAAUAUGCAUCCCAUUGAUGUUCAUGUGCAUCUGCCUAAAUUUAAGCUGGAAGACAGCUAUGACCUUAAAUCAGAUUUAUCAGAUCUGGGCCUGCAGGAUAUAUUUGACAGUGGCAAGGCUGACUUGUCUGGAAUGUCAGGCGCACGAGACCUCUUUCUAUCUAAAAUUGUACACAAGUCUUUCAUAGAAGUGAAUGAAGAAGGCACAGAAGCUGCAGCGGCCACUGCUGGCAUUGCUAUGCUCUGUAUGCUUAUGGAAGAGGAUUUCAAUGCUGAUCACCCUUUCCUUUUCUUCAUCCGUCACAACCCAACACAAAGCAUACUUUUCUUUGGCAGAUAUGCUUCUCCAUAAAAGAGAAGACAGCUACAGCUGAGGACCUGAUCCUAUUUCCAUUUAAACCAGUGGGAACCUGUAAUUAAGUUCUUACAAAUUUUGUAAUUCUGCAUUUCACAAUAAAAUGACUACUCAGAAAUUGAUACCUAAGAUCCUUCGUGGGCUUCUUUGCCAAUUCCUUAGCACUGAUAUCUGUUUGUGUACAGUAAAAUCUGCCUUAUGCAAUGACUUGCAGGGCUGACAAAGUCUGGUUUCUCAACACGGUUGAUCUUUUAAUAAAGGUGGACCAGAAUUGAACGUAGUACUUUUGGGGAUUCUUUGAGACGGUUACUUGAGUCAGAAAAUUCCCUAAUGUAUAAAUGCCCUCUUGUGUGGGUUUUGCCAUAUUACUGUGAACUGGCAGUGACUUCCCUUUGGUGUAAUUCCCCUCUCUGCUGACUUUGAUCCAGUAAUUCAAUGUGCUUCCUCAGCAUGAUAAGUUUGCAAGGCUUUUCCUUUCUUAGGACUUGGCUACACUUGCAAGUUAGAGCGCAUUAAAGCAGCCCUAGGUGUCCUAACUCACAACCCGUCCACACUGACAAGGCACUUAGAGUGCCAGGACUCUGCAGCUGGAGCGCUCCUGAGUAAUCCACCUCCACGAGAAGCAUAACGCUUGCUCCGCCUUGGCUG